CGGUUCUGCGUACGCUCGCGCUUGGUCGGUGCCGCCGUCGUUUCGCUUCCCGAGAUUCGCGUCUUUGGACUUGCCUGCGGAGACAGGGCGUCCUAAGGACGGAAAUACGGUGUUUGUCGGGGAGGUGGGUCGCCCGGUUCGUGAAAAUGUGCGCCAGCUCGGCGGACGGCUGCGGCGAGGCCGUGAGUCCGUGUAAAUAGCGGGUAGUGGCGAGUGCGCGCGUUCGUGCACCCGUGGGGACAGAUGAGUGCGGGUCCACGGUUGGCGAGCGAAGCGUAGGUUUAUUUCGAAGCGCAGUCGCCAAGUCCGGCGAGGCAUCGCAUCGUGGUUCGACGCCGCCGCUUUUUCCGGACGGUCGUAGGCUCGCCGGCGCGCUUGGGCCGACCCCCGGCCCCAAGGCACGGCAGGAUGGACGGCGCCGACGUGAAUGGCGGGAACGCCGAAGUGGCGCGCGAUGAUCCUAACCUAGAAAACGUUGGUGUACCGGAUUCGCAGGAGGAGUCGUUGGACGCGUCCUCGGAGAGUCCGAAGAUGGACGAGCAGGAGGUUAACGGUGACCUCAAGGGGACGAUCAAAAAAGGAUCACCGGGCGUCAGGAGGAAGCUGCGCAAAUUCAAGGCCAACUCAACCAGCACAAUAGAGAGUGACAAACCGAAAACGAGGGGACGGAAGCGAAAACUGUCGGAGCCCGACGACGCCAGCUCCGAAGGGUCUGCGGAGUUCAAUGGCUUCGAUGCCCAGGGUACCGAGGAUCUGGAACCGGGCAAUCACGUUCUUAAAAAACUGAUCGCCGAGGCAGAGUCGGCGGAGCCUCCACAAGUCAAGCGCAGAGGACGGCCACCUACUAAGCACUUGGGUAAGGUUCUUGAGAGUUUAUGGGAAAAGAACAUUGUUGGAUCAAGUAGUAGUUUAAUAUCUAUUGUUAAAGGCACAGAUCUCAUUGACCCCUUAAAGAUUAAGAAAGAAAAAGAAUCAGAUAAGUCUGAAACAGAGUCAAUUGGAAUACCAAAUAGUCUUGAGUCAGAAGCUGAGCCACACAAGUCGGAAGAUUCCACCAAAUCAGCAAAUUCGUCUGCAAACAGUAGUCCAUCUGCAGGUUCACAGAGAUCAAAAGGAAGCAGAUUUUCACGUGGGGCCAGUCCUGGGAGUGGGACGAAACAAAAAGUUCCAGUAGAUAUGACGAAUCCUGCAUUCAAAGAACCAUUUAAGUAUGGUUGGAGGCGAGAAUUGGUGUUCAGGGCAGGAUCAGAAAGUAGUGUAAAAAGAAUGGCUGAUAUUUACUAUUACACACCAAAGGGCAAGAAAGUGAGGAGUUUUAGAGAAGUUGCUGAAUUUCUUAAUACAAAGGAGUUAACUAUAGACAACUUCACAUUCUUCAAAGAACCUACGGGUGUCAAUGAUCCUGAGAAAGAAGUUAUUCGAGAUGCUAAAAGAGGACGGGAUUCUGGACCGGUCACACCUAAACUGAUCAAAAAGGGCACUCCAGGUAGGAAGCCUGGUAGAAAACCAGCAGUACCUGUGGAAGAUCCUCCGAUACCCCAGCCAACUAAAGCCACUCCAAAGUCACCUAAAAUGAGUCCCGCUGGGUUUAAAGUUAAACUUCCUGGCAAAAGAGGGGCCCCGAGAAAAAUCAAAUCACCACCCAAGGAAGUCGAAACACCUCCACCGCAAUGGACUUCACCAGCAGCGACAAGGCGCAGUCAACAGCCUGUCGAAAAAACGCCUAUUGUCAAGCCCAAGAGAAAUCUUAAGGCCAAAGUUCAGGAACCGUGCAGCAUACGAUGUUCGACAAGUAUGGGCUUGAUACCCAGUCUACAGUGUUGCCUUUGUCUCUGCUUAUAUCAUCCUGAAUGUGUCGAUGGAGUCAAAUCUGCUGGCAAUGAAGACUACGUUUGUAAGAACUGUCAACCAGAUACGGAUGAAACGCUUCAGCAGCAUCAAUCAGUUGGUGGUCAGAGUCUCACUCCUCCCCCGUUAAUUCCAAUAAGUAUGUUAGGUGCCCAGAACUCAAAGCCGAAGCAUCAGGUCAACUUGACGCCACCGAAAUUACAAAGAAUUCCAAAAUCCGAAGCUACGGAGCAACAGACGCGAAAUGUUUCUAAGGCUUCCAAAGCAGUUGCGGUUCCCAACACAGCUACUGCGACCGAAAAGAAAGAAGGUUCAUGGUUUCCACAAGGGGGAAAUGAAUUUUUACACAGCCACGACGGUAGUGUGCCAAAGCCUGCUCAAAACAUAGCCCUUAUGGCUGGAAAGAAGUAUAUAGUUGUUCCCAAGAACAAUGCAAUGGCGGUACAACCGGCAAUAACUGUAAAACCGGAGAAAAUUGGCGACAAACCUCCCGUUCUUCAAGAAACUCCAAUUCCAGAUGCGUCUAAUUUAGCGGAGAAUUCAAUAAUUUCCCAUGUGUCGGAUAGUGAGUCCAUUAAUUUAGACCAAUCUGAUAAUAAAAACAGUAUACAGGAUAUAGCAUACCCUGCAAUCGUUACACCGAGUGUUUUGGUUUCUGAAUCAGAAGAGUCGACAGAGAAUUAUUUGAAGACAGAACCGGUAGAUGUUAAUGACUCGAUAACGAGUGAACCGAUCAAUUUGUUGAGUAAUACCGAUGAACCAAAGACUGCGGAGACUAAAAAAGUAGAAAGUCCUGUGACCGUUUCUCCGGCAGUGGAUGAGCAGGAUGUUCCUGUUCUUGCAGAGACUGUGGACGAUCGUCUGAGUCCAACGCCAACGUACGAUCCAAGUCAAAUUAUACAAUCCAUUGUCAAGAAGAGGCAGAUGAUCCAGGCAGAAACGGAUCAACGGCAGCACUUCAUGUUCUCUGUUUGUGCCGGUUAUCAUGCUUUGUCGCGCAUCUUUCAGUAUCUUAAGGUUCAAGAGCUUUUACGUGCGGCUCGUGUUUGCAAAAUGUGGCGAGACCUGGCGGCUCAUCCUUCUUUGUGGAAAACUGUGCGGAUGAAGAAUAGUCAAGUGACAGACUGGGACGGUUUCGCGGAUUCACUGAAGAGACGUGGUACGCAGCACUUAGACUUGAGGAAAAUGUUGGUCGCAGGAGAGUCCGAUGGCAUCUGGAGGAAAUUCGUGACAGUCAUUCCACGAGUGACAAGCCUGGUCAAGUUGGAACUGUGUCGCUGUCCUGUGAUGGUUGUCGAAGAAGUAAUCAAAAGCUGCCCACAGUUGGAAGUACUAAGUGCCAUGUCGAUAAAAUGCGACACCCUUAAUCUAGAAUCUGUCGGAAACCUGAAGCGCUGUCAAGAACUAAGAUUAAAAGCAACCAGUGGGAUGUCUCUUCAAGGUGAUCUAACGCCCCUACAAGAUUUAACGUGCCUGACACAUUUGAGCUUGACAUCUGUCAAGGAGCUCGGGAAGAAGAAGAUAGAGAUUUUGCAGAUGUUAACGAAUCUCGAGACACUGGAGCUUGGCGAGUGCUCGGAUUUCCCAGACAAGUUUGGUACAUCGAUUUUGAUCAAGCUGCCAAAAUUGGAACGGCUUAGGUUAGAGAAGGGACAGGGUACAUGCUGUACCUUUGACAUCUUGGAAGGAGUUUCCAAGUUGGAAAACUUAAAUCAAUUAGAGCUCGUCAAUUUUGACGUGAAGAAUGGCUUCGACAAAUGUCUUGCGAAUUGCAAGAACAUUAAGAGACUGCUCAUCAUACCAACCUACAUAUCUCAGUCGGCGACGUCGAAUAACAUGGUACUUGGUGGCGUUACUGAAUUAUCGAACAAUUUGACACAUUUCGUCUGGGGUGUUACGCUGGAAUUGUUGAGGGUCACGGAAUUGUUCGUCGAUCAGUGUAACCAGAUGAGCAAACAAGUCACCGGAGACUCCAUACCGGUGUUGAAACCGGUUCCUUGUUUAAAGCUGAUCGAGGAUGUCGAAGAGGACGAGAGUCAGAAGGGCGAUGAAAAGCAUUCGCAUUUGACCAAUCCUCAAGUCGACAUCUUACCGUUACCGCAGUUGCAGAAGUUGCUCUUGACGGCGUUACCCAAGACGCGCGUCAAGAUAUUGAAAAUUCCGUUCCACGCCACGUGGCGUCAAAGCAUUUCGGACACUGCUACGCAGUAGGUGACGAGAACAGUGACGCACUCGAAUACAAAUCAAAGAAGCAAAUGACUUCGAGAGGUGGACGGGUUAGGAUCUUUCAAAUUUGAUAUUCCGCCUGAUCUGCACAAUAUACUCCAGUGUUUACGAAUCGUCUAAUGAUCUCGCAAGCUUCUUGCCCGAGGACAUCAUUUCAAGUAAUUUCGACUCACGACGGCAUUGACACAUCAUAGUAUGUCCACAUAACCUUGAACAGUUAUGACGGACUUCACGGCCAAAUGCAUCACGAUGGGACCAUGACCGUGAUUAUCCAACGUAUCGGGAAUUGCGGCAAAAAUCGAUCUGGAUUUGUUUGUUGUAACGUUACAAGUGAUCUGCCAUUUUCAUCUAACUUUGGCUAGCAUAGAAAUGGAACCAUGCAAUUGUGAUAAAGGUAAUAUUCUAUAUUUUAUUUCCUGGUCACACUGACGGUCAAGCAAAAGUUAAUUUCUUUCGUUUUUUUAAAUUAAUUAUUGAUCCAUCACUUGAGUAUAUGAUUUGUUGGUGAUGCUGUGAUGUGUCCGUAUGUUGUGAAUAUUGUGAGUAUAGCAGUCUGAGAAUAUUUACAAUACGAUUACAAGGACUCAAGUGUAAUGCAACGUUCGCUCUUAUUAAGAGAACCAUCGAAGUGAAAUGACCCGGAGGAUCGAGACAAUUUCUGGGGAUUGUUAAAUCGCACCGUGUUUCUUAUAUGUGAGCACAAAGCAUGUGUCCAGCUUCCGUGAGGAACAAAAUUGACACGAAGUUAUACUGACAAAGAUCGAGUACGAACGAUUGAAUCAUGUGGAGUAUAAUAAAUAAGGCCCUAUUUAGGAACUAGGCUGUAUAAAAUAUCGAUAUACAUUAUUAUUGUAAUUGUAUCUGUAUCUCUAGUAUCUAAGAAAUGUGAAUUUUUACGCUGCAAAGAAGCCGGGGGAAAAUUGUCAGUUUAUGUAGAUUAUAUAACAUCAUUUAUUCUUACGCAGCAUAAUAAAAUGUCUAAUUAUCAAGAGCGAAAUGGCUUUACUUCUUUUUAAACGUGUACAACAUUUGUAGAAAAUUGUAUUUUAUACCUGCAGAUGGUAGAUGGACUUGAAUGAGCGAAGUAUUGAAAAUUUCUCUUUGCUUUUUUUUAUUUUUGACUAUACCGGUGGAAAACGAAUGCAAUUUCGAGAAUGGGACACUUAGACUUAGAAUUAGUUUAAGCGAUAAACGUAAUGAUUCAACAAUGUUGGCUGUAAGAUAUCUGUUUUUUUAAAUUCGUUCGGUUAUAGUGUAAAAAGAUUUUUUACAGGACUGUCUUUGCAGCGCGGAAAUUUGUGUACUCGCGUUUUAAUUUUGUGUUUUUAGUUUCAAGCCUUCUUAAUUAUUGAUUAAAGUUAAGGGGGUACUAUCAAAUAUGUUCCAGCUUGUAAGAUUAAUCUUAUAAAGAAUAAGAUUGGAUAUAUUAAUGUCUAAAGUAUGAAAUCCUUUGGAAUUACAAUAUAAAUUAAAUUGUA